AAUUAUGGGUUAAUUUGUAUUUUGUAAAUUACAGUCACCGACCAUGAGAAGGUGGUCGGUCGGGUCCCAUGGUAUAGCGGCUUUUUGACCGUGGGCCGAAGGAGGAAGAAGAAGAAGAAGAAGACAUUCCAUUUGGAGAUUGUUUCGGAGGCAGCGCCGUUGGAGCGACGAAUCAUUGUGUUUAGUUGCUCCAAUUCAUUCUCAAAAUGACCGAUCUUUCUCCCGACCCUCUAAUCGAUCCCACCACCUUUGACCUAAUCGUGGUUGGCACUGGUUUGGCCGAAUCCAUCAUCGCCGCCGCUGCCUCCGCCGCCGGCAAAACGGUUCUCCACCUCGACCCUAACCCUUACUAUGGAGGUCACUUUGCCACUCUUCCCCUACACGACCUUGCCUCAUUUCUCAAUUCCGCCUCUGUCCCUUCACCGCCAUCGCCCCCCUCCGCUACUGACGAUGCUCUUGAUUACGUCUCUGUUGAUCUUCAAACUAGGUCUUUGUACUCGGAUGUUGAAAUCUCCUCCUACGCACCUGAAGUCCUUCAAGAGCAUUCCAGAAAGUUCAAUAUUGAUUUGGCUGGACCGAGGGUUUUGUUUUGUGCCGAUAAAUGCAUCGACGCUGUUCUGAAAGCGGGCGUCAACCAGUAUUUGGAAUUUAAGAGCAUUGAUGCGAGCUAUUUUUGGGAUGAGAAUGGCAAAUUGGUUAAUGUGCCUGGUUCUCGAGCAGCUAUAUUUAAGGACAAGAGUUUGAGUCUGACGGAGAAAAACCAGUUGAUGAGGUUUUUCAAACUUGUUCAGCAGCACUUGCUUCCCGCUGAGGAUAAUGAAAAUUCCAAAAUCUCCCAAGAGGACUUGGACAGUCCUUUUGUGGAGUUCUUGAAUAAAUUGCGGUUGCCCCAGAAGAUGAAAUCGAUAAUUCUGUAUGCCAUAUCCUUGGCGGAUUAUGAUCAGAACGACACUGAAGUUUGUAAGAAAAAAUUACUUACAAAAGAAGGAAUCGACCGUUUAGCUCUCUACCACACUUCAAUUGGCAGGUUUCAAAAUGCACAAGGAGCUCUAUUAUACCCUCUCUAUGGUCAAGGGGAGCUUUCUCAAGCAUUUUGCCGUCGUGCUGCAGUUAAAGGUUGUCUUUAUGUAUUGCGAAUGCCUGUGGUUGCUCUAUUAAAGGACAAGAGUAAUGAGCAUUAUAAGGGUGUUCGGUUGGCUUCUGGACAGGACAUCUUUAGUCACCAGUUGGUGCUGGAUCCAUGCUUUAUGGUUCCCCGACAGUUAAACUUAUCUCUAGAAAGCCUUCAAGACGUUAGCUUGAGGGAUGCUAACUACAAGGUGGCCAGAGGAAUAUAUAUUACAAAGCACUCCUUGGUAUCAGAUGUCAAGAACUGCCUGCUGGUUUAUCCUCCUAAAGCUUUGUUUCCCGAGCAAGUUUCAUCAGUUCGGGUUCUCCAGAUAGGUGGCAAUUUAGCUGUUUGUCCAGAGGAUAUGUUUGUCAUAUACAUCUCUACCUUAUGUGCUAACGCUAAUCAAGGAAAAGAGAUGGUCCGUGCAGCUAUAAAUGCAAUCAUAUCACUCUUUGCUUCUGAAUGUUCUGAUGCUAGUUCUGUAGAUCAAAAUAUCAAUAUCAAUGCUGAAGAGAAGGGUUCAUGUUUACUUUGGAGUGCAUCAUACAUUCAGGAAUCAAGUGCGGGUCAAUUUGGACCAGUGAGCUUCUCUCCUAUGCCUGAUGGAAAUCUGAACUACGAUGACCUUAUGAAUGCAACAUUUGAGCUAUUUCAGAAGAUGUAUCCUAAUGAAGAAUUCUUUCCCAAGACAACUUCAACUGCAGUCCAUCAAGACGAUGAUGGCGAAGAGAGCUAAUGAUGGCAUAUUACGACUCAUUGAAUCUACUUAUCAUGCAUAAUGUCAUCGUCGUCGAAUCGGUCCUGGAAAACUUCCUGCAACCUCGUCUCUGAGAUUGGUCGGGUGUCGGGCAUACCUCCAUUUGAAUCAACAAAGUCUAUGUUGCUGAUGCUUCUUUUGGCGUCUGCAGGAUUCAAUCAAAUACAUGAUAAUGCAAGACCAUGCAUGCGACCGAGUUAUAUAUGUGAAUCCAAGCACUCCCUUAAAGAAUGCAAAAGAACGUAGGUGGAUUUCCUAAGGUUAUACACUUUAUAUGAUCAAACACUUCAAAGUUUAGUUUAAUUAUAUGCAUUCUCCUAAAUGGGGGAGAAACCAUAACUUUCCCUUGAGGUUUGUUUGUUUGAUGAUGCAUAGCUAUGGUGCUGUCACCCGAACGUUGUCGUUUUGUCUUCAUUGAUACUGUCGUCGUGGUCUUAUUUAA